CCCCCUGGCCUUGCGACAUGUUAUUUACGGAUUGAAAUGCACCCGAGUUAGACCCUUCGCUCAGAUUGAGCACAGCUCCUAAUCUUCUUCUUACAUCGCUGCUUUGACAGCCCUGGAAACAUCAGUCAGGGAACUCGGUUCGGCUGAAGUCCACCGACUCUGUCGAGUCCUUGAGGGUUUCGAAGGGCUCUGCAGACAGGUGUUGAAUAUCCCGUCUUGAGGAGGAGCGAUGGAGGCUGCCGCCUUUGAGUUUGAAAAAGAGGAGGACGCUUUGGACAUUGAGUCUUUUCAGGGACAGAAGCAGAAGAUCAUUCAGCCGACGUCUUUAAAAGACCCCAAACUAAAAAAACUACAGGAGGCACUGGUUUAUUGGAUCAAUAGCACUUUGAAAUCGGAGCACAUAGUGGUUCAGAGUCUGGAGGAGGAUCUCUACGAUGGACUGGUGCUUCAUCACCUGCUGUCCAAGUUGGCCGGCGUGCAGGUGUCUGUGGAGGAGAUGGCACUGACCAGCGUUGCUCAGAUCCUCAAGCUGGGACUGAUCCUGGAGCAGUUGGACCAGAGACUGGGCCUGCAGGACAGCAGUGGGAUCAAGUGGAACGUCAAACUCAUCCACAGCAAAGACCUUCUGGCCACUCUUCAUCUGCUCGUUGCCAUGGUGAGAGCGUUCCAGCCUGAGCUGGAUCUGCCACAGAACGUGACGGUUGAAGUCGUAGUUUUGGAAGUGAACAGGAGUGGAAUCAAAUCCGAUGUGAUGAUGGAGGUCCUGACCGACGAGAGGGACGGAGGCUCGGGCGCCCAACGCGGGACUGAAAGGAACGAUCCCGUCGAGCAACUGCUGAAGCUGGAGCCUCACAAGGUCAACAUGGUGAAGCAGGCCAUUUUGCACUUUGUGAACCAGAACAUGUCGUCCAUGGGUCUGGAGGUGGCUGAUAUGGACAAACAGUUUGCUGACGGUGUGAUUCUGCUGCUGCUGAUUGGACAGCUGGAAGGCUUCUUCGUGCCGCUGUCUCACUUCAACCUGACCCCCGUCAAUCAUUCCGAGAUGCUACACAAUGUGACCUUGGCCUUGGAUCUCCUUGACGACAUAGGCCUUCAGAUGUCCCAUGUCGAUCCACAAGAUAUUGUCUCCCUGGACGACACCGCCACUUUGAAGGUCCUGUAUGCUCUGUUCGUGAAGCACAAAAGGAAAUGAGAAAAGGAAGAGGAGCUGAACAAAGAGGAAUGCAAACAAAGCAGAAGAACAGUGAAGCAUUGGACCAGCUCGUGGUUUCUUCUGUCUCUAAUUUGUUACGAGUUGUUCUAAAAUUAAAACAAUUUGUUGCUUUUGUUCCCCCCGCAGCGUGACGAACGAGGCAUUUUUAAUUCCUGCGAUUGAAAAACCAUUGUCCUGAACUGCCACUUCUCAAUAAACGGUGUAAAUUUAGCAUCAGAAAGACAAUAGAUGUGAUGCCAUUGUAGCCUCCUCUUGCAAAUUAAAAAAAACGGAUUUGUCAUUUCUGUGUUUGAAAGAAAUGCAUUCCUACCAUUCAUGACAUGUUAAAUUAAUUGUCUGAUCAUUGCCACUACGGUUUAGUCGUGUGGAUUUAGCUCCCAUACCAGCAAACUGCAGUGUGAAUGUCCGGAAGGUUAAAGCACCGUAACCAGAAACAACAGCAACUUUUCACACUUCUUGCAAUAUUUUGUUGACAUUCAGGAAGCCAAUUUAUUCCUUUCCGCUACUGCGAUGAAAAAUACUCUAAAUUUAUAUUUCAUUUCCCCUGACAUUUCAAAGGUUUUGCAUAAAAUUGUCUGGGGAAUCGCAUUGGGAUUGUGUCUCAUGGUCGAGGGUCCCACAUUCCAUCCAAUCGUACAUGUUUGCUUGUCACCUCUAUAACUACAGGUGGUCCAUAUACAAGGGUAACAUUACAUUUUUCUGCAUAUUGCCUUUAAUUUAACGUCCUUCACCUCAUCCGAUUCGUUUUACCUUCUAACAGAAUCUCUAUAUUUCAUGGAUUGAAAAGUAUUCACAGGCACACUGAAAAUGUUUAAAAUACUGAAACUAAAUCAUUCACAACGUGUGUCCAGAAGGUGCAAACUUUUGUGGCUUUGACACGUUCUUAACGACCCAGAACAGUCUGUCAGUGAAAGGAAAGGGAGAUUAAUGUAUUUUUAUUAUUCUACUAAUUUUGCCUUCGUCAGGACUCCACAUCAACACUUUUCUACAGCGAAAAUCACUCACCGUAAAGAGAUAACUAACUUACAUUGCCUGUUAUAUAAGGGUACAUUGAUACAUUUUGUAGUGAAGGGCGACCAAAGUGACGCGGCGGUUUAGGAGAAAACAAACCACGUCCCUCUGCAAACCAACUGGAAUCCCUCCACAGUGUCCACAGGGGACACGAGGGACAUGUGUCCCUAACCUGUCCCACUGAACCGAUGCAUCGGGAGCAGAGCUAACAGAGCAGCACCAUUACAGCCGCAUGUAAGUAUCACCUGUCCCGGGUUCAGGCUUUUAAAGGAAACAGUUACUGGUUUUCAACUGAAGAAUGUGAAUGUAAUGAUAUCCUGAAAUAGUUCUUUUCGGGCCAUUUUAACAAUCAGAACAUUGGUGGCGUUCCCAAAUGAAAAACAAAUAAACUCAUUGCACACAGCUCAUUAUUUUUAUCUCGAGUGAGCUUGUUGUUGCUAUUUUAAUGAAUUAUACAGAACAUGCACUCUUUUUCUUUGGCGGUGGUACCCAGGAGGAUAUAAUAAAAUAAGUUCUGUUCACCCUCAUAUUUAUGCUGUAAAAGCCUGAAAACAGGCACUUUUUAAAGUCAGAAGUCCACGAUGGACAGAGAGUCACGUAAUAGCGGACAAAAUCCGCCCAUAAAAGAAAUACAAGUGAUGAUUACCAUGAAGCUAU